GGACAGGAACUUCCGCCACGGAGACGGAGCAUGUCCAUUGUACGAGCUGUUCUGAAAGAGUGCCGCGAUUGUUGAGCUGCAGUAUCUUAAGUGCGUGAUUUCUUCAAAGUUGUAACAUUAGACGUAGCGGUUUGUCGUCUUUUAGCUUAAAAUCGUAUGAGAUUGUUGUCGCAUAUAAAUCGUCCGGAGGGUAACGGACUGUUACUGGGAAGAAGUGCGACGGUCUCACCAUAGGAAUUUGUUAGCGGCAGCUCAGCCACCUUGCGGUCCGGCUAACACCGUGGCUAGGUAACGUUAGCUGCAGCUCUGUUGUGGCGUGAAUCUGACGGAAAUCUGUAAGAAUAUGUCCUCAACCGGAGGCUGUUACGCUUCGACAUAAGGGACUAGAGUGCACAAAUAAACAACAAGCUGUUAGCCCUCGAACUAGCGACUUAGCCAAGCUAACUAGCUAGCUAACGUUAACGCUACGGGAUUGUCUUUGACAAAAGGGCAACCCGUCAACAAGAGACUUUGUAGCCAAACUAACGCGUUUUUCCCUAUUUUUUUAUUUAUUGAGCUUUUGCACGAAGAGCAUUACAACAGCACAGGAUGAAUGGAUUUAGCACUGAGGAAGACAGUCAUGAUGGACCGCCGGCUCCGCCGUUUUAUGGACAGAGCUGCUGUCUGAUCGAGGACGGAGAGCGCUGCGGCCGGUCAGCUGGAAACGCCUCCUUCAGCAAGAGGAUCCAGAAGAGCAUAUCACAAAAGAAGCUCAAGCUUGACAUUGACAAGAGCGUGAGACACCUCUACAUCUGCGACUUCCAUAAGAACUUCAUCCAGAGCGUCCGCAACAAGAGGAAGAGGAAGACCAGUGACGAUGGAGGGGAGUCCCCGGAUCACGACGUGGAGGUGCCUGAGGUGGACCUGUUCCAGCUGCAAGUGAACACGUUGAGACGCUACAAGCGACACUACAAGCUGCAGACCCGGCCUGGACUCAACAAGGCCCAGCUGGCAGAGACGGUGAGUCGUCACUUCAGGAAUAUCCCGGUGAACGAGAAGGAGACGCUGACCUACUUUAUUUACAUGGUGAAGAGCAGCAAGAGCCGCUUGGACCAGAAAGGCGACGGCGGGAAACCGCUGGACUAAACUUCGCAACACAAAGCACAGUAGCUACAACAAAACCAUCAAUAAUCUACAGCUAUUUCAGAAACCCGGACACCACUAACGGCAACAACAACUGCAACCCUGCACCGUCCGCUCCUCUGUAGAGACAGACUCUUGUCGUCCUCAGAGGACAUCUCACUGAAUUGGAGGAGAAUUCAGGGUGGGAUGAGAUAUCUCUUGCUUAUUAUGCUCUUUUCAUAUAAAAACUGUCUCUGCGCAUGUUGUCACAAUGGUCAUUUCCUCUCCCUCUUCUCCGAAAAAAGCCAGACUGAGGUCCCGGGACUCACUCCACAGGGUUUUUAUGUUGUCAUGCUGUAAUGUAAUCUGUCAAUAUGUACAAAAGAACAGCGUCCAAUCUUAAGUAAGUUGGUUGACUGCAAAGUACAAUAUAGCUGCCUUAAGAGUAAAAAAAAACGAAACGUGUUUCUGUAAAUUUGGGGGAAUCUUUCUUUGCCGAGUAGACUGUUAACACUUUCACAGAGAGGAAUGCUUGUGCCAAACAGAAACGUUUGUUGGAAUUGAAUGAUGUUGAGUGGGAUUUAUUUUCUUUUUUUUUUUAAACGUGAAUUAAUUAAUUGUUGGAAAGGGGCGCUGCCUUUGCUGAAGUUACAUCCAGGGAUCAGGGUCAGUUUAACCAGAUCAAGAAUUCUUGAUUCUCAAUAAUGUCUAAAAGAAAGAAGCUGAUCUCAGUCCUACAUUUUAAUCUUUAUUCGCCCUUUUCCAACUGGAUGUGAUGCAUAUGAAGACCGAUGGUGGUGAAUGAUGUAGCAUUUAGCUAUGACCCACUCUUCCCCUUAUUGCUAGCUCUUUAAUGUACUUAACAACACAAACAUCACAGGUGUUGGUAGCUUGGUUUUUUUCUUUGUAACCCAGUUUUCUACUAAAUGUUUUAGUUCAGCCUCAAGUUGUAUAAAGUCUGUGUGCAUAUAUGAUUUAGAAUUGUUUUGUCCCAUCUUUCUUUUCCACCAGAAGUGGAACUUUUGUGUGUGAGAGAUAGGGGUGUAAGAGUAAUUAUUUGCGCCAUUUUAAUAUUUAAGAGCUGUGUUUAUAUUGGACUGAAGUCUUGAUUUGAUACUUAAAAUACCCAGAUGCAUUUAAAAAAAGUGGGUUUUCCCUUUGCCUUUUUGAAUAAUUAAUUACAUAUAUCAACAAAAAAAGAUAUCGAUGCGUGCCUUCCAUAUUGGCCAGCAAAAAUCUAAAUGUCAGUAGAAGUUGGCUAAUGAGCUCUUAAAAGUUAUUUCAUUUGUAUUCCCAGUUGAAUUAGCACUUCUAAUUAACAGUAUUACCCUCAAUGUCUUAAAGGAAAGGUCUAGUUUGGCACCAAAAGUCACAUCACAACUAAACAGGAUUUGUUUUAUGAGUUUGACCAUUUAUUAAAUGAUUUACUGUGUUAAUUGAAAUGAAGCUCAGUGACUCUGCAUCUUGGCAAUUAUUAUAUUCAGGUUUAUAUUCAAUGGAUUCACUGUUUGAUAAAUUGUCAUUUUUUGGAUCGUAUUUGUCAAUAAUAUUAAGCCACAACUGUUAUGGGGAAAGUAGCCUUUGGCAGGUAGCCACUUGUGUCACCUGUUGCAACAUUUGGUGUGAUCUAAAACUGCUCAAAAACUAAAUUGUAUGUAUAUUCCUAACUCACAGCUAACACAACGUUUUGCAUCUUCCCACAACAACAACAACUCUUCUACAUGUCCAAUUCUUUGUUGUUGUUUUCAUUGUGGUGACUACAUUGUACACACAGUUUGGGAUUUCUGUAGGGAUUUUUUAAAAUCACUUUGCAUCCUCUGUCACACAUCUUAUUUAAGGUUGUUCACCGAACUGAGUUGUCUUCAACAAAGGUUUAUAUUUUUAUUUUAGUGUCUGUUAUAUUUUCAGUUCUGCUUGUAGGUUUUAGUGUCAUGUAGAUAACACCCAACUUUAACAUAUAGGCCAUGCCACAUUAACCUUACUGUUGUAUUAGAAAAAAACAUAUUUAAAUAUGGCUGCUUAUUGCUCCUUAUAAUAAUAAAUGUAUUGUACAGAUAGAAACAA